AUGGGCUUGUGCGGACCGGCCCUCAAAGUCGACGAACCAAAGGCUGGACUCAAUGGAAGAGUCCUGGUACCAUCACGAUGCUACUUCAAUCCGAGCAGUGCCCGCCCUCUUGAUGGUGCAAGAAUCAGCGUCAAGGACAACAUUGAUAUCGCUGGCCACAAGACCACCCUAUGCAAUCGUGCCUGGGAAGAUUUAUACCCACCCAGAUCCAAACACGCAGAUUGCGUCCAGACUCUGGUGGACGCUGGGGCUAUCAUCGUUGGGAAAACCAAGCUGCAAGCAAUGAUCAUGCGGGAGGAGCCACUAGAGUGUGUGGAGUUCGCAGCACCGUUUAAUCCUCGGGGCGACGGCUACCAAGUCCCUUCCGGAAGCAGUCAUGGGAGCGCUGCAGGCAUAGCAUCAUAUGACUGGCUGGACUUUUCGCUUGGUUCGGACACAAACGGAAGUGGACGGAAGCCAGCGUCAUACAAUGGAUGCUUCUCGAUCCGACCCUCCACAGGCAUUCUAAGUACCAACGGAGUCAUCGGACAGUUCAAGUAA